AUUACCUAGAACGAAACGCGCAUGCGUAGUAGUGCAUCUUAAUUUUAAAUACGAUCUUUGGUUGAGCGAAAUGGCGUCGGAUGAUAUGCUGGCCUCUCUGGGAGUGGGCGGAGCCUCAGCAGCUGCACAUGCGCUGUCUCUCCCAGCAGAGGCUUAUGGGAACGACCCACGGCUGGAAGUCAUGUGGGCGAUGAAGGCCUACAACCACGCCGAGGUCUACUUCAACCUCAUUUCUUCAGUCGAUCCAAAGUUCCUGAAACUGACGAAGCUGGACGAUGACAUCUACGCUGACUUCAGAGGAACGUUCAAGAAGCUGGACAUCAAGCGGCUGAAGGCCGAGGACUUGAAGUCUGAGGAGGCCAAGGAGACGUGGCGUCCAUUCUGCAACCGCUUUGAAGGACUCAUCGAGGAUUUCAACUACGGCACUCUGCUCCGUCUGGACUGUGAAAAAGAUUACACCGAGGAGAACACCAUCUUUGCCACCAGGACUCAGUUCUUUGCUGUUGAAGUCGCCCGAAACCGAGAAGGUGACAACAACACUGUGUUCCUGUCCAACCGGUCAAAGAGCUAGUCUCAAAAAGAACCAGUAACCCUCCACCCAGUAACCCACCCACCAACCAGUAACCCUCCACCCAGUAACCCACCCACCAACCAGUAACAACCCUCCCAGUAACCCACCCACCAACCAGUAACAACCCUCCCAGUAACCCACCCACCAACCAGUAACAACCCUCCCAGUAACCCACCCACCAACCAGUAACCCUCCACCCAGUAACCCACCCACCAACCAGUAACAACCCUCCCAGUAACCCACCCACCAACCAGUAACCCUCCACCCAGUAACCCACCCACCAACCAGUAACAACCCUCCCAGUAACCCACCCACCAACCAGUAACAACCCUCCCAGUAACCCACCCACCAACCAGUAACCCUUUUCCCAGUAACCCACCCACCAACCAGUAACCCUUUUCCCAGUAACCCUCCAGCCUGCUCAGGACCAGACUUUGUUCCGAAUCAUUUUGUAUUUACAGUAGUUUGUUUUAUUUUCUUGUAACCGUGGAAACCACAAAUAAAGUCUGCAUUUUUCUGAA